AUGGUGACACCUGAGGAACAGAAAGUCAUCAAUUCCCUCCAGGCCAACUGGAUCUGGACACCAGACUGGGUCGAUUCGUCGCGAAUCAAUACGACAGGGCGAAUUGUCCAUUUCAGCCGUGAGCUCGACCUUCCGGAGCGUCCCACCCGUGCGCAGUUGCAUUUCUCUGCGGAUACGCGAUAUAAGCUCUAUGUCAAUGGGACCCGUGUCGCUGUCGGACCAGCGCGAAGCAGUCCGUGGAUCUGGUAUUAUGACACUCUCGACAUCGCACCUUAUCUCAACCGUGGACAGAAUGUGAUUCGGUUCGUGGUGGUGCGAUACUUUGCGUCCUCGCGCGGCGCAAUGCCAUUUGAGAGGACGACCUUGCCGGGACUCACUGUAGUCGGCCGUGUAGAGACAGGCAGUCAUGUUGUGGAACUGGAUUCGCAGAAGGGAUGGCAGGCACAAAUGGAUGAGAGUAUCCAGUUUCCCAUGGGUCUGAUAGAUGACGGAUUUCUACACAUAUACGAACGAGUUGCCCCAACUAUCUAUAGCCCAGCAGUGACCCCAAGAACAUAUGGGAUCAAAACGCUAAAUGGCGAUCUCCCACCCUGGCGUUUACGUCCACGUGGAAUUCCAAUGCCUGAUCAGACCCCCAUCGUUGUGAACGUGAUACGCGCCUGCGAGAGUUCUAUCAGUGCGGACGAGUGGGCAUCUUGCUUGUCGGGAAGUGGGCCAUUGACCCUUCGUGCACGUUCUUCGCACAUGCUGGAAUUGCAGGCCGAUACACAUUCAACUGCCUUCCUCCGAUGGGCUUUUCAAAGUCUAACUAGCUCGUCGCAGAUUACAAUGAAAGUGACGUACUCGGAAGGGUACGAGCUGGAGCCCCGUUCCUAUCCGUUCUUUCGCAAGAAGACCGACCGGCUAGAUGCAAAGGCUGGUCAUCUCCUUGGCCCUUACGACGCGGUCACGUUGGAUAUUCCUGACACGCACACCGUGGUGUAUGAGCCUUUUUGGUUCCGAACAUUUCGCCUUCUUCGGGUCGAGAUCACUGUGGGAGAGGAGCCGGUCCGCAGCUGGGCCGAGUCUGGCGAUGAAUACAGUGAACGGAUAUGGGACGUGUCAAUUCGCACCAUGCGAAACUGCAUGUUUGACGGAUACUCGGACUGUCCGUUCUAUGAGCAACUUCAAUACUCCGGCGACAGCCGCGCCGUCGGCUUGUUUCACUAUCUACUCUCGGGUGACGACCGGCUGAUGCGACAAGCUAUCACGAACUUUGCAGCUUCAGUCACCUUUGAGGGUCUCACCCAGUCACGCUUCCCCUCUCACGUUCCUCAGCUUAUUGCUGGCUUCCCGUUGUAUUGGGUCCUGCAGGUGUGCGAUCACCAUCUAUAUUUCGGCGACACUCGCUUUGCUCGUUCCUUCCUCCCUCGGAUCGACGGCGUCCUCGACUUUUUCGACUCACACAUCGAUAAUUUUGGCCUUGUAAGCGGGCUCCCCGAGGAUGUGUGGCAGUAUGUCGACUGGGUCACGACCUGGGGUGCGACGGAAGAUUAUCCUGACAAAGGAGUGCCCACCUCUGGUCGCAAAUCAAACCGACAUACGUACUUCAGCAUGUUAUACGCGUAUGUCCUCCAACAGGCUGCACAGCUUGUGCGCGACGUUGGCCGACCGGGCUAUGCCGAGGAGUAUGAAGCACGGGCGACCGCACUGCAACAAGCCGUUCGAGCUCACUGUUACGAUGGACGCUUCUUCACCGAUUCCAUGGCCAACAUCGCUGACGAAUCGUCCUACUCACAACAUUGCCAGGUCUUUGCAGUCUUGUCUGGGACAGCGCCACCGGAAGAUCGGGCUCGCAUUCUAACCGAAUCGUUCGCGGACUCUCGGUUCGCAAAAUGCUCCUAUAUGAUGCGAUUCUAUGCGCUGCGUGCAUUGUCGCUCGCUGGCGAUCAGGUCUACGACAGCUUCUGGCCCCAGCUGUGGGACCCGUGGCGCAACAUGCUAACCAACAAUCUGUCAACCUGGGAGGAGGAUGAUGUUCGACAGCGGUCAGACUGUCAUGCGUGGUCUAGUGUGCCCAUCUACGAGUAUUGCACGGAAUUGGCUGGGAUUGGACCUAUCGCACCAGGGUCGACUAAAGUUCUCUUCAAACCGCGCCUUGGACUUAGUGAUGCAAUACAGGCCAAGGUUGCGCUGGGUAAGGACAAUGUUGCGACCGUUUCAUGGACCAUCGGAAGUGAUGGCGAGAAGAACGUCGAGCUGCGACUCGAGAAGCCGGUCAAAGUGGUCAGUCGGCUACCGGGAGGACUUGAGGAGGAGCACGGUCUCAUCGACUGUGUAAAACUCAUUCACAAAGCUCAGCAACAUGCAUAG